AUGGCGGAUUUGCCAGCAUGUAAAUAUGGAAAGAAAUGUUAUAGAAAGAGUGCCGCUCACUUUAAAAAGUUUUCACAUCUUGACGACGAAAAUAGUCAGGUGAUUUACUUCUAUCUUGUUGUUUGAACUUAAAGUUUACUUGCUCUAUUGAAGCAAAACUCAGAACUGUCAACUAUGUGUCUGUGUAUCAGUGUAUGUACUAGGUGCUAUAUUUGAUCGGGUUGGUUUCAAGAAAAUUUACAACGUGUAAAUUAAGAAAUCCCCAUACAAUAAAACAUUUAUAUUGAAUGAAGCAUAUUUAAUUUUUAUGGUUGUUGAUGGCAAACUCGCUAAAAUAGUAUCCUAUUCGUAUUUGGGCAUUUUUCCUUUUAUGGAGACCACAUCCUGACCUGUACGGAAUGACAAUUUUUUGUGCACCGCACAUAUCAUUGACAAAAUGUACAUCAACAUACCACUAGUAAAUAUAUUAGCUGGAGCAAAGUUGUGCACAGCUAGGGAUGUUUCCCGGAUACCGGUAUCUGGUAAAAUUUAGACAUCUGGCAGACCGGCACUAUCCGGUAUAAAUUUGCCAGAUAUUUACCGGACAGUACUGUAAGAUAUUUUGUUACAACCAUGAAACAGAAAAGUUUACUUGGCGUUUAAAAAUUGUGAAACAUGAACAAUUACUGAGCGUGCGCUGCAUUACGACGAAAUUACGACAUAUUUUUUUCGUGAUGGUGAUGUGAAAUGCUCGUUUGCCAACAGCAGUGAAUUUUAUAUACUGAAUACCAGUAAACAAUGUAAGGUGAAUCAUAAGAUAUGGCCUUGGUAAAGACAAAUAGGUCAAAGAGACAAAAAACUCUUGAAGUUAUUGUAUUAAACACAUUGCCACAUUGGACUAGUUAAUUAAUUAAGCUAUAAAAUGUUGUGUUUCUAAUAAAUUAUUGUAUGGGAGUAUGGUUAUUAUCCGGUUAUUAUCCGGUAUCCGGUCAUCAUUUUCUUCUAACCGGUAUCCGGUAGACUACUAUCCGGUACUAUCCAGUAUCCGGCAAAACAGUAUCUGGGCACAUCCCUAUGCACGGCACAUGUGCCAUGCACACCACCUUCAUUCCAUACUGGCCAGUGUGCAUUCCAUGCACAAAAGUUAGGAGAUCUCCGGCGUGGAGAUGUACUAGUCUUGGCAUAAUGGCAUACCGAUCGCUAAGAUGUUGGCGUGUUAGCGUAAAUCGCCCGGCAUAUAUUUCUGUAUUGAAAAUAUAUGCCUAUUAAAAAUAUAAAAUACGAAUCAUGAAAGUGGUUUGUUCUUCAUAAAUGCUGAAAUGUAGACUUUCCUGCAUUGUCAAUGCUUAAAAUGGUUAUCGAAAAACAAAACAAGCAUUCUUAUCAAUCUAGUAUGCACAUAAUGCGCUUUUUUUCGAUUGUCGACUAAAUAUGUGUGUCAGCCAUGUUGGAUAAUUGGCAAGCUUUUAUUUUCGUUUUGCUUUUUAUGAUCGGCUAGCGCAAAACUUCAAAUUUCUCGGCGUAAAAAAAAUUUUGAAACCUUCGGCAUGGCGAUUGCAUGGAAUGCACCCUGGCAUACUGGUACAUCCAGUAUUUGUCUAAACCCUAUGGCUAGCUAUGCACCUAUCAUUUGUUCCCCCCCACCCUUGGGGGGGGGGGGGCUGGGAAAUAUUUGUAAAUGUUUCACAUCAAAUUCCUCACCCUCAGACAGCAAAAGCAAGUCAAAUUCUCCCAGGCAGGAAUAUACCAAACCAGGUAUAUACAUGCAUAAAAUGAACAACAGAAAGCUUUGGGUACAAGAUUUUUGCAUGAAACCAGAAAUUAAAUUAAAGCCUGCCAAUUAAACUCACUCACCCAGCCCUGAAAAUGAAUUAAAUUGCUAAAGUUGGAUUACCUUUCUUUGAUACACCCUGUAUAAUUAUGUGCUUGGGAAUUGUGAUCUAUAGCAAUGUUGACAAAAAAUAUCAAAAUAAGCCAACAAAUGUUUGAGUUUAAUUGAAUUUUGAGUUUAAAACAAUAGAGUAUGACACAAUUGUGGAGAAACAGGGGCCAACAAGUGGGCUGAUUGGGCUAUACUAUCUGAAAUUCUUAGAAAUGGCCCUGUUAUUUCCUUUUAAUAUAAUUAAACUUAUUAACCCUUUUUAAAGGGUUAAUAACUAAAAAGUUAUUAAUUAACUUAAAAAAAAGUUUAUAACUUAAAAGUGGCAUUGCACCCUGAUGCAUCUACUGUAGUAUAGUAGUUUGUUAUUUUACUCUAAUGGCAAACAAUUUUAAUUUUCAAUGGGAAAGUUGUGAACAGUAAUUGUGUGACAUCUCAUGUGCCAGUGGCAGAUUAGUACUGUAUGGUUCCCCACUAUUGUAAACUAGUGAUAAUUAUAUAUUGUAUCUUUGUACUUACUACUCUGAACAUGAGUUCAGCAUAAGAGCAACUACACACAUAAUUUAAUCACUUUAGAUGAUGAAUUUCCAUUUCCAUAAAAAUAUUUCUUGUGUUCACUGUUCAGGAUAAAGGAAAUACAAGUGUUGAACCUCCUGCCAAGAAACGUCGGAAAGAUGAAAACCAAGUGGAAACAACAUCUGGACAUAGCAAAGAAGGUAUCUACAGAUAAAUAUACUAUACAAUUAAUAUAAAUUUGAAAAUACACAAUUUGCAUACCUCGUCAGUGCAUUGUCUGGCACAGUUAGGGUUCGUAGCGGUCUUUGAAAUCCUUGAAAGUCUUUAAAUUUGAAUGUACUGUAGGUCUUUAAAGUAUUUGAAAAGUCUUUGAAAUUUGAUUUGUGUGAAAAAGUGAAGAAAGUCUUUAAAUUCUUUUAGACUUUUAUUAGUGAGUAUUUGAUUAUACGAUUUCCUAGCUAAUAAAAUAGAUUGACUGAAGAACAAGGUUUUCAAAUAUAUCGAUGAAAAGGCGUAUUUUAGGAUGUGAUUUGACAGGACUAAUUACUGGGUAAGAAUUGGUGCUUACACUCACAAUUUUUCAACAGCUGUAUGCUCUCAAAAGUAUUUGAAAAUAGGCAGAAAAAAUCUUUGAAAUCUUUGGUCUUGGAGACUACGAACCCUGGCCAAAAUGAGCCCCUGCUUGACAUCUUGGCCUUAAUUCUUACAAAAAGCCUAAUUUGCUCAAAAUGUCAUUAAAAGUGUUUUUAAUCUUUUUCAGGUUCAGAGUUAAUUCAGUCAUCCAUGCACAAACCACAGCCUAUUGUCAACUCUGCUUAACAUUGGACUUGUUUGAGACAUAUAUUUUCCCCCUGUUAUUUCUUCCAGAAACAAAGCCUGACAAAAUUCCACAUGAAAUUAUACAAGAAAAGUUUGGUAUAAACAUGCCACAGGAUUUCUAUGACCUGUGGGAACUUUGCAAGGAGCUAAAUCCCCAGAGUCCUCAAGGUAGUAUAUCAAAUUAGUAAAAAUAUCCUGUGGUUCCAGUUUCAUAUUCUGAAAAAAAAAUUAGGGUAUAGGUAUGUCAGAAAGAGGUUUUUUAAAAAAAUAUCUUGCCAUGGGUGUGAUCAACUGCCAUUGCCACAACAAAUAAACUUUUGAAAUAAACAAGUUUCAACAUUGUACUACAAAGUGAGCAGCCUGCAACAAACUGAAUAAAAUAGUGUCAGCGGAUAAGUGGGCAACCACAUUGAAAAAGAUGGUUGCUUGGGAUACCAGAAGCACAGAAUAUUUUAGGUUUAAGCAGCAUAUUAAUUUCUAAGACUAUGUCAGUUAAAUUGAUCAAAUACGAAAAGGUUUGUUAAACUUGUCAUCAGUACUUAGAUUUCUCUUGACAUUGUUUUCUUUUCAGAUGCUUUAAAAGAGUUCAAUCUUGAGCUGGUUGGCCCUUAUGAUAUAUUAUCUGGUAAAAAGUUCCAAGCAACAGAGAAUUCUGGUUCGCUCAGCCUUCACUGCAGAUAUUUUUGUGAUCCUCCUGAGUUUGUUACAGUUUUGAAAGGUGACAAUACAGUGGGAUUACAUAUUGGUUAUUAUUGGUAAGCACUGCAGCAACAUGCAUUUUUGGGUUUACCACAAUGAUUAAUAUCAUUAAUUUCCAAUUGUGAAUUGGUGGUGGUAAUCUGUAAUUAUGCUAACUAUAUAUAAGAUGCAUAUACCUAUUUUGAAUUCAUUUUCCUUAAAGUUGAAAGAUUUGUAAAGAACUUUUUGAGCAAGAAAUACUGAGUCAGUUCCCUCAAAGUCAAAUAUUUUCCACAUAAUAUUGCUUGGUGAAUAGUUGGUAUCGCAGAGAAUAUAAUUCCAAAAUUAACUUCAUAUAGUGCAUUUUCUUUCUUCUUUUGUUAAGUGAUAAUCCAGAAGACAAACCAGUGUUAGUUGCUUCCAAUGAAGCAAAGACAAAUUAUGAGUUCAAAGUACUUGGCGAUAACAUAUUUGCUGGAGUAAGGUCAGCUAAAGUUCAUUAUCACAAUAAUCUGUAAUAUUGCGUCCUAACUUUGUCAAGGUAGCUCAACAUGGUCAUUCAUGCAAAUAAUUCGCAUUUUAUAAACCUAAUAUUUUUGUGCACGAGAAGAUCUACUGAAAAGGUUUUCAGAGGACAAUGUUUUAAUGAAUUAAAUCAUGCAAUGAUCAUCACUCGUCCCAGCUAGUGCAUCGAUAAUUUUAAAGUAAAAUUAUACGGAAUGCGUUGAAGCACAACUAAAAUGUUUGGAAAACAUAGGGAAAAGAUAUUUUUAAUAUUAUUUUCAUGAAACUAUUUGCUUGUUAGUUUAGAAAGAAAACAAUAUAGGGAAGUAGAAUAUUUUGCAUUUUUCGUAUCUUUUGUAUUGAAUUUUCAGCAAUAGUUUAAAAAAUAUAAGCAAACAGAAAGGGGCAACAGAAGCACGAAAACUUAAAGAAAAGAUAGAAAGAAAAGCCAACGAAAGAAAGUUACAUUUGGAAGCAAAUCCUCCAUCAAUUAAAGCUAGAAAUAAGAAAGUUGUUGCGAAAACCUUUCAUAAAAUGGGCAUUGUUGUUCCUUUGGAUGAAACUGGUGUCGGCUAUCGAGAUCUUCAGAUAUCAAAUGGUAAGAAAUUUAAUUAUGGCAACAACUGGUGAAGAAUUAGGUAGUGUUAUUUACUUAUAUAUAAUUUUUAUUUUAACUUAACUUUAGGCUCGGUAGGUCGGAUUAUUUUAAUUUUUUUUAUAUUUAAAUAAUUCAAUAGAAUUUUAUAUGUCCAGAACUUUUUGUGAAAAAAGAGCGUUUCACUUAUUGUGUGUGACAAGACACACGCGAAUUUCGAACACUGGCGUCUAGAAAUUACUUUUUACCAGCAAAAAUAUUAUAAAAAUGUGGUCGGAAAUAACUAGGGUUGGAGGUAGGUUCGAACAGUCGGAAAACCGGAUCCCAAUUGGCCAAUUUUUAACAGUGCAUUAUUAUUGCAAAUAUAUUCCAUCAUGACAGGUUCCACGGUCCGUCUUGAUCCUCUGUUAUAGUAUAGGCGUUGGUGCCACAUGUAUAGUGCAUGGUUAGUUUAUAGUUUGUGCCUGAGAGACCCUGAGAAACCGCGGAGUUCGAUUCCUGAAACAUGCAGUUUUCUUAGUAUAAUUUAGCUUCAGUCGUACGUGAAAAGAGUUCUUCCACUUUGGACCAAACACCCGCAGUUUCAUUCACGGUUACACGGGUUUGCCUCUGCAAUAUAGGGAGAACAGUUCAUAACUAAUACAAGUAAUAGACGCAGUAUAUAAUCAUAAUUCAGUUUAGCUGAUGUGUUGUUGUUUUAAAUAUAUCGGAACUGUUUAGCUGAUGUGUUGUUGUUUUAAAUAUAGCGGAACUGAAAAGAAUGUUAACAGAUAUCGUAAAUGACAACCAACGUGAAGUUUUCCUGGACGAAUUGCAAGAUAUCAUAACACGCAUUCAGUUUGCAAAUGAUGAAUGUGACUAUGGUAUGGGUCUUGAGUUAGGCUUGGAUUUGUUUUCAUUUGGACAUGAAAUCUUCAACAGAAAGGCUACAAUGUUACUCACAUUGGCAUACGAAUUAUUGGGUAAAAGUGCAUUUGGAAAAGUAGUUGAGCGACAUCUGGAACAACGUGAUAAGAACACUCUGUACAUUAAUCUCACUGAAAGCGUGUGAACUUUAGCAGAACCAUAUACGUCUGGCUGUUCAAGACGAUUCCGAAACCUUUCGGUUAUUAUAGCAAGCAUUUUAUGCUACCCUGUUGUACAUGCGGUGGUAAUGUAUAUAUGAAUAAAAAGGUUUAGAAAUAUAGCAAUAUUAUUUUAGUAUAAGCGCACCGUUAGCUACACGAACGACUAGUAGACGCAGUAUGAAUGAGUGCUGAUUAAAAUUUUAAAUCUUCUCAUUCAAUCAUAGCCGUGGUCGUAGCCAUAGGACGCGUUAUCACGCGAAUCGAUGAAACCUAAACUUCGCUACUAGUACUGCCCAUUAUACGGGUCAAAAAAGACCACGAGGUAAAAUGUGAGCCCUUUGACAUGAUUAACAUGACAUUCAGCCUCCCUUAUUCAACGGAGCGAAUGACCACGCAUCUCGGGCAUCUGCGUGACCCCCUGACUGACCUUCCACCGUAGCUGGACUCCGUGAUCAGACACGAGACAUAAGGUAGCUGCCAGAGGUGCCCUUAUAGUAAGGCUUCGACUGGAUCAGGUUGAGCUGCAUGCGUUCUCAGCAAUUCAGCUUAGCUCUCAGCUGCAAGUAAGGAUGAUUACUGAUUAGCACACCCCACUUACUUACGUCACAUGAUUUUGUGUUCUCGUAUUUUAUUAUCUGCAUGACUGAAUUCUGAUUAAUUAAAGUUAAACUACUGAGUAUUGUACAAUUAGUAAUAAAAAUUGGGAGGAGUGUAAAACUUUGCGGUGAUUCGCGAUCUAUAAACGAGUUGUACUCUGACUAUUGGAACAUGGAACGUGAGAACCUUACCAGAUUUGAAAGACAACAGGAGACCAGAGCGAAGAACAGCUAUUGUAAUACAAGAACUAUCAUGACUAAACAUUGAUGUUGCAUGGUGCAUUGAGCGAAACCAGACUCACAGGGGAAGGAAAGAUCGAAAAAUCCCAUUUUUUGGAAAGGGAAGGAGGGAGGUGAACGCCAUAUUCAAGGGGUUGGUUUUGCAGUAAAUACCAAAUCGGAGAGACUUAUGACUCUCUCUAUACCACUCUCUGGAAAUAAAGUUUUUUAUCUCUAGCUAUGCCCCAACACUAGAUGCCGAUGAUUACAUAAAAGUUCAGUUCUACAACCAAUUGAAUACCACCAUCUCUGCAGUAGCAAGCACAUCGCUUUUUGCGACUUUAAUGCAAGAAUUUAAAGACUAGCACCUAUGAAAAGACGUGAUAGCAAAACAAGGUCAUGGAAGCUAUAAUACUAACGGAUUGCUGCUUCUUGGAAUGUGUGCAGAACAGGAACUUUUCAUUACCAACACUCAGUUCCGAUUGCCAAACCCGCUUCAAAACUACAUGAAUCAUGGAUGCACCCGCGUUCCAAGCAUUUGUAUGUCAUUGACUACCUCAUAUUCUUAUCAUGAAGACAGCAAGAAAUGUAAAUGACUGCUGGACGAAUCAUAAACUCCUGAUUAGUCGUCUCAAAAUAUCCAUCUACCUUAAUCUGUCCAUUCAAUCCGUACAGAAAGAAGUUCAACAUCUCAAAGCUUCAGGCCAGAGUUGUUGAACUUGUUGCUGUCGAAUUCCACGCUACCAUCAAAGAAAAACUAUCUAGGAAUCCAACCAACACCACCAGAAACGUAGAUGAAGAAUGGAUCACACUAAAACAUUUACGGAAGCAGCUAAAAAAGACCAUCGCCCAUCAGCUUUACAACGAGAUCUAG